AUGCUCGCGGCUCUCGUUACCACCGGCCGCGCCGCCGCCGUGAGCACGGCGCUGCACCCGAGGCCGCUGCUGCUGGACGUGCCCGCGCCCGCAGGCUUCAGUUGGGGCGGCACCUUCACGUUCGACGAGGCUGGCACCGCCUUCCGCACAGCUACAGCCUCUGCCAUCGACGAGCUGGACAUCGGGCCUCGCGUCGGGCUGGGGACGCAGAGCGAGGUGCGGCGGGGCCACCUCCCCGGCCACACGGAGCCUGUGGCCGUCAAAAUUGGGCUCAAGGUCGGCGCGAUUGCCCGCGAGGCCGAGGUGCUCUCCGCGAUGUCGGGCGUGCCGGGCUUCCCCAGGCUGCUUUACCACGAGGCCGAGGGAGAGGGCACGCCCGGCGGCGCCCUCCUCCUGACGCUGCUCGGCCCGUCGCUCGACGACCUGCGGAGGCGGGGCGAGAGCGGACCGCUCACAGGGGAGCUCCUCCGGCACGUCGGCGGCUGCCUGCUCGGCCUGCUGCGCCGACUGCACGCCGCGGGCUUUGUGCACAACGACGUGAAGCCGUCCAACGUGCUGCUCUCCGCGGGCGCGGCGGAGCUGCACCCGGCGAGCGACCUGGCGGCCGACGAGAGCCGCGCGACGCGCCCCUCCGACGACGUCGAGAGCUUGCUGUACACCCUCGCCUACCUGGCGGCGGGCAGCUUGCCGUGGCAGGGCGAGGAUGCCGACGCCGUGGCGUCCGCAAAGCGGGAGCUGCUGGUCGAGGGGGUUGGCGCGGUCGCGGCGCUGACGGACGGCGUCGAGUGCCCAGCCGCCGCCGCGGCGCUGCGCGCCCUGCACGCGGAGGUCGUUCGCGCGUCUCGGGUGCUCGGCGCCGUCGACUACGCGACUUGCCUGGCGGCUCUGGAGGCCGGGCAGGAGGCGAGCGGGCUGCGAUAG